AUGUUCUCGGAAAAGAGCGCUGAAAUUCAAAGUUGUUCCCAAGUUCACGUUGUUGGAUACGCUGCGCCACUGAACAAACGAAAUAAAGGAACCCUACUAAGUCUAAAACGCGUGUGUGCUUUACUGGAAUACGCCGCCGAGAUUGCUGUGAUGCCCGAAACGAAGUCGGCCGAGCCUAGUUCGUCGAGCACUUCUCAUGCUACCACCAAGAAAAAACGUGGAUUCAAGCGAUCAGCGAAGUCUAAGGAUAGCAAGACGUCUACUGCAGCAGGAACAGCGAAUGUUAUCGACUCAAGUCCCAUACUAAGCACGGAUUGCAACAGAGAAAACUCUACUUCACAGAAAAAACGACGUCAUAGCAAAAGAAAAACGAAGGAGAAAUUGAAGGAAGUGAGUCAGAAUAUCCCGAACAAGACAGCAGCAUCGUCACCUGUCCAAAGGGUCAACCCGAGAGGGAAUGUCCUCUUAGAAGAGUUACAUAAGAAGGUUCGUACUGGUAAGGUGCCGGUAAAUGAAGUUAUGGGCUCAGGAUAUGGUCAGCAAUCAGGAGCAGUGAAACCACAGUCAAAUGCUUCAAUAGGAAGAUCGAUUUUGCAACGUCUCGUGGGAAACAACGUAGAUCCUGAAGCAAUAUUCAGUGCAGCAUUACGACAGAUACCGCAGGUUCCAGGUUUUCCAUCAAUAAUACAUCGACCUGACUCAGGACCUCAUGGUACGGUUUUUCGUCCAGAACUCUUCAAGACAACUAUGGAAGCAUAUGCAAGCGCUACAGCACAGCGUGGUUCAGAUAUAUUUGGGACUUUUCGCGAUGGAGCUUACUGUUGUGACAGCCGUCAAUGCGGGCGAGGAGCACUGUCUCCGGACUUUCUGCUCCCGUGGGUGAACUUCUCGCCAAUGUUUCCACUGGAAAGAAAUAUGUCGUCAUCAGGGCAGCGUCCGCCACCACCUUCACACCCGCACUGCAAUCAAUAUAAUCAUCCACCGGUUUACAAAAGUCCUCAAAGUGGUAUUAAUCAUCAUGGUGCUACAGCUUCGAGGCGAACUGUAUCAACAGGGUCUGCUAACUACAGACUUCAGAACAGUCAUCCUUCUGCGCGUUCGAAUGCGAACAUUUACCAAAGUUCGACUCAACUUGUUGGCGUAGCAAACAACCAGAAGACUAGAAAACCGUACUUUAUGCCAUAUAUGAGCCUGGAAGCUGUGAGCAGAGGUUUGGCAAACGGUGAUCUUGUUAAGGGAUCUCUUCGUGUCAAUCAAAGGAAUUACGAGGAAUCCUAUGUAGAUAAUCCAGAUGGUGAUGAUCAACUUGAUUUGCUGAUUUUGGGAGUUCAUGACCGUAACCGUGCUUUACACGGUGAUGUCGUUGUAGUACGCAUCAAAGAGAGGAUGAACUGGGUGAUUCGUGAGAACCUUUAUCAAGCGUGGCGUGCCGGUCACUUAAAUGUAUCAAGGGAGGAUAACGGUCAACCAAUUACUAUACCGCCGGUUGCCGCUCCGAAAUCUGAUGAUUUGGUCGAAGUUCCCAUCGGUGGGCUGAGUGAUCCACACAUAAGAAAAGCGAAUUUGAAUCUUACUAUCCCUCCCAAUAAAGACCGAAAAUACAGCAGACAAGCGAUGGUUAUAAUUGGAGCACAGCUCGAAUUAGCGCGUCGGGAAUGCAUGACAAGUCACAGCUCGAGCGCGCCGAUUGUUCAUCCCAGUCUUCCUUCACUAGAAGUUCAAAAAAUUAUCGAUUCAUUAUCGAUUGGAAGAGUGGGUGAUUUCACAGCGUCUGCAAAUUCCCAAUUAGCGAGGAAAAUUCUGACUUUACCUAAACGUCCGCAAACUACCUCCACUGGGAAGCGUUCUGCAUACAGGACUUUAUCAGAGAUGCCUGAUGAGGACUGGGGAGUACCUGAUGUGUGCCUACAAAAGACUGCUGAAGUGAUGUACAUAAUGGAGAUGAAGAAUUGCCGCGCUGCGAUGGGUCAGCUCAAAGUGAUGACGGAUGGAAAUCGCAACUGGGCAUUAUUCUCUCCUACCGAUUCUCGGAUGCCACGAAUGAUGAUUCCAGCGGAGCAGCUUCCAUCCGGAUUCUUCGAGAGGCCACAGGACUUCGCCAAGUUCAUUUUUGUGGCAAGGAUGGUAGAGUGGCAGGCUACAGCUCAGUUCGCUCGUGGAAAGCUUGAACGCACCCUGGGAUUGGCCGGAGACGUAGAGGCAGAAACUGAGGGACUAUUAUUUGCCAACAAUGUCGAUACACGUGAAUUUUCGGUGUCAGUUAUGCAUUGCCUUCCAAUCGCCGAGUCAAAACAAUGGACUAUUGAUGAGAAGGAAUUCAAAUAUCGUCGUGAUUUGCGUGAUACCGCGACAUUCACAGUUGGCCCCAAGCAUUCGCACGAGUUCGGCGAAGCGCUGUCAAUUAAAGAGCUAAGCGGUUGUGACGACACCGGUCCACCUUUGUUCGAGAUAGGAGUUCACAUAGCUGAUGUGUCUCAUUUUGUGUUCGAUAAUACUGAGUUGGAUACAUGGGCAGCUAAUCGAGGGUGUACUGUCAAUCUUGUGCACAAAUCUAUUCCAAUGCUACCACGGGUGCUUAGCGAGGAUAUAUGUAGUUUUCUUCCUGGAAAAGACAGACUAGCAUUUUCUGUAAUGUGGAAAAUGGAUAAGAAUGGAACUGUAGUUGAAGAGUGGUUUGGCAGGACCAUUAUUCGUUCGAGAGUACAUCUUGAGUACGAUCAUGUUCAGGGAUUCAUUGAAGAGCCAGAGAAGAAUCUUGUCGAUGAGGACUAUCCAGAGGUUCUUGACGGCGUUUCGUUGUCGGAAAUUAGAAGAAAGGUGAUGCAGCUACACAUGCUUGCACGACGUCUCCGUUCCAUUCGCGUAAAGAAUGGAGCCUUGCGCAUUGAACAACCAAGAUUGGUAUUUUCACUGAACGAAGAGACAAAAUUGCCACUUUCUGUGAAAGCUGAGGAGCCACAAGACUCCCACAAAUUGGUCAAGGAAUUUAUGUUGCUGGCGAACAUCGCAGUCGCGACUAAGAUAGAGUCGUGCUUCCCUCAAACAGCGUUCUUAAGAAGACACUCCCCGCCGAAACAAAAGGUUCUUCGAGAAGUGCUCGAAGUGUGCGAAAAGAUUGGUUUCCCACUGGACGCAGCGUCUUCUGCUCGUUUAGCUUCGUCGCUUAGUAAAUUCCAAGGAGGAAGCUCACUGCUGCAGUCAAUAAAUCAAGUAUUAUCCAUGUUGCUGGCGAAACCUAUGCAAUCUGGUUAUUAUAUGUGUGCUGGUUCUGCCAAAAAGAAGGAGGAGUACCAUCAUUAUGCCCUUAAUGUACCUUUAUAUACUCAUUUCACAUCUCCUCUUCGCCGUUACGCUGAUAUCAUUGUCCAUCGACAGUUAGCUGCAGCAUUAGGGUAUUGCCCCCCAAUGGACAAAACCAAAGAUGAUUUAGAAAGGCUGGCUCAGCACUGCAAUGACAAAAAACUCGCUGCAAAAGCUGUCAGUGAUUCAAGCGAUGAUACGUUCUUUGGCCUUAUUGUGAAGCAGAGUGGACCGAUCGAAGCUCGUGGAGUUGUUAUAAGCAUUAUGGACGUUUCUUUUGAUGUUCUUGUUUUAAAGUACGGAGUAGUGAAGAGAGUUUACGUAAACCGCCUAGACAUGGCUAGAGACCCAGUGUUCAUCGACGGGCCACCAGCUCAGUUGACGCUGUUCUGGAAUCCUCCUCUAACUACGGUUCAGGAAAGAAAUAAUGCUGCGAUAGAGCAAACCAUCCAGAUGUGCACUGUUGUCGAUGUGAACUCCCAUCAGCAAGUUGUGAAUUGCGAGCAUAUAUAUACACUUGAAGGCAGCAUACCAGGAUUCUGA